CACGAGGAAGCAGGAAGUCUUUUGCUCUUAUCUACAGACUCUUCGAGUGGUAAACAGACAGACGUUCAGGAACUUCAGGAAGACUUUUCAGUGGUGUUCUGCUGAGAGUAAAAUGGCAGAGUCACUGUUCCAAACUAAAGAUCAGUACAACUGCUCAGUGUGUUUGGAACUGAUGAAGGAUCCGGCGACGAUUCCCUGUGGACACUCUUACUGUAUGAGCUGCAUUAAAGCCUACUGGGAGCAGGACGAGUUCAGCAGACCUCGAUGUCCUCAGUGCAGACAUGAAUUUCACACAAAACCUGCACUGAACAAAAACACCAUGCUGGCUGAAAUCCUUGAGAAACUGAGGAACACCACGCUUCAGGGUUCUCCUGCUCAGCCAGGAGAAGUUGUGUGUGAUCUCUGCACUGAUAUAAAGCUCCGAGCGGUGAGAUCAUGCCUGGAGUGUCGAGCUUCCUACUGUGAAACGCAUCUCCAGCCUCACUACGACAUUCCGGCGCUUAAGAAACACAAGUUAGUCGUCGCUACCGAGAUUCAGACGUGUCCGAGACACGAUAAACUGCUGGAGGCUUUCUGUCGCACCGACAACAUGUGCAUCUGUCUGAGCUGUGUAAUGGACGAGCACAAAGGCCAUGACACGGUUUCCUCUGCAGCAGAAAGAGACGAGAAACAAGUCACACUACAGGCUAAUAAACUCAAAUUUGUGGAGAAACGCAUAGAAAAAGAGAAACAGCUCCAAGAGCUGAGGGAAGCCACCGAGGCUCAUGCACAGUCCACACAGCAGACAGUGGAAGACACAGAGCUAGCCUUUAGCUCGCUAAUCACUUCCCUUGAGAAAAGCUUCUCUGAGGUGAUAGAGAAGAUCAGAGCUCAGGAGGAGAGCUACAUGGAUCGAUCUGCAGAUCUUCAGGAACAGCUGGAGCUUGAAAUCGCCAUGCUGAUGGGACACGAAGACAUCACAGACAAGCUUUUACAGACGGAGGAUAAUGUCUACUUCCUUCAGAACUUUGAGAGCAUGUCCAGUCCCUCUGGAGCUGAAGAGCUGCCCUAUCAGACUUUAGAGCCAGUCGUCUCUUUUAGUGACAUGAGCAACAAGGUUUCUGAGUUUAAAACAAAACUGGAGAUUUUCUGCAAGCAGGAGCUGGACAACAUAUUUGCAAAAUUCCUUAUCAAGGUCGGUGACAGAGUUCGAGUGAAAUCUUCUGUGACCACACCUAAAUUUAACUGGGGCUGCACUGUCACACACAAGAGUGUAGGCGUAGUCAAAUCUGUGAAUGAUGAAACUGUGAUCGUCAACUUCCCGGAACAUCAAAACUGGAAAGGACUCCUGUCUGAGAUGGAGCGUGUAACUGCUGCUGAUGAUUCGGGAAUUUCAGCCCAGCAGAGGAAUAUUAAAGUUGGAGACCAAGUGCGAGUGAAGCCGUCUGUUAACAAUCCAAAACGCAGCUGGGGAAGGGUGAAUCACCAAAGUGUGGGCGUGGUCAAGAGUCUUGCUGGGGAAGAAAUGACCGUGGACUUCCCGGAACAUUCCGGCUGGAUAGGUGUCGUCUCCGAGAUGGAAAUUGUGUCUUAAAUCCUUAUAAGUUGUAAUUAUUGAGAUCUUAGAAUUAUAAUUGACAAUACAACAAUACAAUACAAAAUGAGUUAAUAAUAGAAAUGUGUGGUGGUCUGGGAAAACCAAUCGGAUGUUGCUACGGCUAAAUUCUAGAAAACAGCAAAAUGACAAAGAAUGUUGUUUUUCUGUGCAUGACAUACACUGAAAUCUCUAUGUUAAUCUAAGAGAAAUAUAUUAGACAUGGAAAUUAGGGAUUAGAAAUGAUUAAUUUUGGUUUGUUUUGAACAUUUUACAUUCCUGCUUCAAAAAAUAAAAUGAAAUAAAAGAACAUUUGUAACAUUCUUUACACAUAAAAACCUUCUCUGCCACAGGUAUUAAUAAAACCAGAGGUUCCUUCUGCUCUGCAGAGUGAUUUGUUUCUUGAAAAAUCGUAGGAAAAAUCAUUUCUGCAUGGAUUUCCCUGCCAUGAUCACAUCUUCGAAAACUCCGGCUAUAGAGGCUAUAUAACCUCACAUCUUCCUGACGAAUUCUGGACAGGAAUUUAGGAAAAUGUUUCGAUUUGGGCUGUACUUCCUUGAACUUACAGAGAAAAAUAAUGGAUUAUUUUUAAUUAAUGGCACUUUUCAGCACUUUUUAGAAACUAUGUUUUCAAUCUGGAACAGUUUAGAGUGAUUUUAUUUGCUUUGCUGAUUACGUUCAAUAAAAAAUUUCCUCUUUUUUGUUCCCUGUAACAUUUCUAAUCCUCGAUGGAAAUGUUGUUUUUGUUGUUUUUUACCUUGCCUGCAGAGAUCAUGUUGAUUAAGGAGCCAGUUUAACAAAUGCAGCUUUGCUUAAAGAUGGUUAAAACCCGGCUAGCUAAGUGUGAUUUCCUCUCGAUUAUGUGAAACAUCAUAGUGAAACACACACAAGUCUAAUUCAUUCAGUUUGUAAUCAGAAUGUUGGCGAUGCACCUGCUCCGUCACAUCAUCACCACGACACUGAAGACCACUUACAACCUCUGCACAGAUGUCAAAGGUUUCAAAUGUUUAAAUGCCCCAAAUAAAAAGACAUUAAUAACAAGAAACUUCAGCAACAGAACAGACGUGAGUGAAUGAAUCGGGGAUUAUUUCACUGAUGUUAGCGUGAACAGGGAUGAGUGGAGUGAAGAGACGGCAACGAAGCUCAUGUUUAAACAUCACGAGUGACUUUUACCUCAGCUGAUGAGACUGAUGUGGAAGUGCUGAUAAUCAACGGGAGAACUCAUGUCCUGGUGAAAACGUCUUUAAAAUGUCUCAGUAAUGUUGUCUUUCCAUCAGUGAAUUAGGUUAGUAGUGUAGAGGUUGGCGCAGCCUCUGUAGACUGUAGAAAGUGUCAAUAUUUUUUGAUGUGAACAGUUUUCCAAGGCCAGCACACACACACACACACGUGAGAAGUUUUACACCAAAAUAUUUCUGGAAAGUAUUCCUUAUUUACUAAAGACUGAAUAAAAUGUUAUAAAUUUGAUGAAAAAUUGAAAUGAAAAGGUU